AUGGAUGGGCCUACUCAAGAGGACCCGCAUGCGUGGUCGGUCGACCGGCUCGUUGAAGAACUCUGUUACAAUGAUAAUCCGACAUGGGUCCGAGCAGGUCUCUCUGACAUCCCUGCGAAGCACCAACUGGCCGACACCCUCCAGUCUAACCACAUCGAUGGUGCAGCUCUUUUCGAGCUCUCGUCGGAAGAGUUGAAGGCUGACCUCAACAUCAAGUCUCUUGGUCAACGCAAAGCUCUCGAAAGAGUCAUCAGAUUCUUGCGAGGUGACGGUGCGCCCUCAGCGACACCCGCUCGGUUUGCUACCAACCGAAUGUCAGGUUUUGCAGUCGGAAUGCCCAGUCCGUUUUCGCACGAAUCUUAUCAUGACCGUUCUCCUGCUUGGGAUGGCCCAUAUGCCCGCCCUCCCUCAACACUGAGUCGCUCCGAAGCGGGACCUACUGCCAGUGCACAAUUCCAACACCCUAGUGGUCUGCUGGUUGGCCACAGCCCUUUACUCGCCCCAAAUACGAACCUUCAGCCUACCCCAGCGCCUCCUAAUGGCCACUCCUUCACAUCAACCCCCCGCGAUAGUGCCGCGCCUGCUGUCAAGCCCUCCAUCGAAAAGCCUGACGAGAUGCCAUCCAAAUACCGUACCCUGUCUCCUAAGAAGGAGCCGGACGCUGGCAGCGAACUACUUGAUAAUCUUGAGGCAGCUGUGAACGAGAACUUGCAGCCUACAGUCUCGCAGCAGGACGAGGAAGCUGCAGAAUCCGAUGCUUCUGAGAAGCCUGGACAGGUCAAACCCAAGGAGAAGCGACGCAUUGCCCCAACAUUGGUCGGACCAGUCAAGAAGAGCUCGGGAUCGGCUACCCAAGAUGACAUCCCAGACCAGAGAUACCUCGGACGUCAAGUCAUUCCCAUACAAGACACUUUCUACAACGACCUAUCGGACGAAGAGAAAGACUUCAAACUCAUUGGCCAGAACGAACAGCCCGGUCUCAGCCUCACGUUAGCCCGUCGCAUUCGACGGUCCUUGCUGUCCUCUCCGAUUUCUGUUCCGAAUCUUUCUUACGAUGCCCUAGCGAAAAUUUAUUAUUUAGCGCAGCAUUGUGCCGAUCCCUCCUCGACUGUGUAUUUCACACUAUUCGCUGAGAAUGCUCCUCCGUCGAUCCAAGCACUCAAGGACUGGCCUAACCUCCUGGGGUGUAGCCAAUCUCAAAUCAAAACCAAACACCUUGUUGACAGAGUUGCAUCAUUCACGAAGGAAGAAAUCGCCAUCGCUAGACAGCAGACCCGCGAAACCAGCGCCGAAUCCGACCUAGGUGAAUUUGCUUACCUUCUCGACAAGUAUCCUGUUGGUAAGGAAGACUCAGACUUGCUUCCAACCUACGGCGACUCUGGCGACGAGAACGAAUACGACGAAGAGACUUGGGCUGAGAUCAAUGCCGAAAAGGAGGAAGAACAUCGAUCUGCAUCAGCAUUCCUUAGCCGUGAGCAGAAGCAAGCUGCUCUCGAGAAAGCGCUAGACGAAAUCAAGCAGAAAUGGUGCUCCGGUAAGCUACCUAAGGUCCAGCUCAAGGCCUAUAGACUAUGGAUGAGAGUAGCGAGGACCAGGAAACGCCAGAAUGACGUUGAUAGUAACUAUGCUAUUCGGAGUCGAAAGACGGCAUAUCUGGGAAAGCUCAAAGACCAGAUCAUACGAGAUACAUGGCGCUCUGCGGACCAGAUCAAACAGCAGUGCGAGGCACUAGAGGAGACUGUUCACCAAAUACUGGAGGCAGACCACUUCUUAGGUGUUCUUCACCAAAAUACGCCGCCAGAGAAGCCAGCACUGCAGAAAACCAGACGCAAGCCUCCUGAGAAACCCCAGAUUCCAGAGGACGAGGAGAUUCUCCAAUCAGACUCUGAACCUGAGUCCGCGUUUGAACCAGAUAUGAAUGAUUUCAUUCUGGACGAUGAUAACGAUGUUGCAAUGGUCAAUGACCAAGCCGAUCCAGAUUUCAAUCCGAUCAUCCCUCGUGGCCUACGACAGCCGACGACUGCCGUCCAUGUCGACGAUUCAUCCACUGGCGCAACGACUGCAGGGGCCCAGGACGAGCAGCUCUCAAUAGCAAAGUCAUUAUCACCGGGCCUGAUGCCAUCCUCUCCACCAGCAGUCGAUACCCCGCCAUCGGUCGCCGAAUCGCCUGCGGACGAUGCCGAUGCAGAAAGCGAUGCCAACGAAGAAGUGUUUCUCAGCUCUGUGACCAAGCGGCAAGACUCGAAGUUCGCUAGCCCACGAAAAGCUGUGAAACAAAAGAACUGGCCUUCUUCACCAAAGCAGGACCCACCUAAGUCAGAUGACGAUGACAAUUCCGACUUUGAUGCACCAUCACGGCUUCCCAAUUCAAAGUAUAAAUCUCGAGGCACGACCCGCGAAGCUGCCAUCGAACUUCUAUCGUCUGAUCACCCUCAGCCUGCGGAAGAUAGCACAGGAGAUAGCUACGAGGUUGCAACGCCACCACUGAACUCUGAAGAGCCUGAUGGCGAUGGUGUUGCAGGCCCAUCGACAGAACGAACACUCAAGUUGAGGUUUACGCGGCGCCCCACAGAUGAACCACGAUCGACUUCGGAACAAGACACUGUGGAUGACGUUCGACGAAUGAGGAUUGCUGCUCUCGAAACUGCGCUUAGUCAUUGCACUGAUGAUGAGCGAAGCUCUGUCUGGAAACUCGUUCAAAAAUCGAAGCCACCUGAGCCGGGAAAGAAAGCGAAACUAUUCUCUGUAUUGCUCCAUGACGGGCUCGCUGCUAUGCACCACGAUCCAAAUGACCCCUCCAGUGUUCGAACAUUCCAUAUCAAUGGUUUGCCUAGAGGUGAACUUGAAGCCACAGAAAUGCUCACUCAUCUCUUUGUGUGCUACGCGAACGCCAGGAACUUCGGUACAGGGUUUGACUAUCACGUUGGUGCCCUCAAUUUGGCAUUUGAUAGGCACCAAGCGUAUGCAGCGACGUUCGAGACCGACAUUGUUACCUCCCUGAACCUCUAUGACAAGACCCCUCGGGACCGAAGUCGUAGAUCAGUGUUGGGAAGACGGUCUGCUAGAAUUGAGAUGGAGCCAAGUUCCGGGAAACACAAACGCGGAACAAAGCGCAAGCACGAGAUGUUUGCUGACUCAGACGUUGUUGACUCUGGUUUUGAUGACAGUGAUAAUCUUGAGCUGGAAUCUGAUCUAGAGCCGCAGGAGCGCAACACACCGCACAGCAGCAAGAAGAAGAGGAAAAUCACCGUCUCGAAAGAAGUCCGCGAUACACAGAAGGACGACCAGGCGCGUGUGAAGGAGCAAGAGUCUCGAAGAGAGAAGCUUGUUCUUAAGAUGCGGGACUUCGACACUGACUCCACGGCACGCCAUCCUGUAAACUCACAGGAACCUGUCGUCUGGCUUACGAACCACAUCGCAACCAAGGUCAAGCCGCAUCAAGUGCAUGGCAUCCAGUUCCUGUGGCGCGAGAUUGUGGAAGACCCAAGACACCAGGGUUGCUUGCUGGCGCAUACUAUGGGUCUCGGCAAGACUAUGCAAGUCAUCUCACUCCUGGUCACCAUCGCGGAGUGCAGACUCAGUUUUGAUGCGGCUAUUGUAGACCAGAUUCCCAAACACCUCCGCUCAAACCGCACCCUCGUGUUGUGCCCGCCGUCGUUGAUCGACAACUGGUACGAUGAAUUGCUGAUGUGGACUCCGCCUGAUGACCAGCAGUUGCUUGGGACGGUAGUAAAGAUCGGCUCAGGACGGACACCAGAGAGCUUCGCACAAAUGAAGCACUGGGCUUCGAGUGCUCAAGGAGGGGUCUUGAUCAUCAGCUACGACACGUUCCGCUCAUUGCUCCUCCCUUCUGCCAAAGGAAGCCAAGUGCACAAGGAGCAGGUGCCACAGUACGAGAAAUGGCUUCUGGAAUUACCGUCUCUUGUUGUCGCUGACGAAGCCCACAAGCUCAAGAAUGCCGCAUCCAAGAUUUCGAUGGUCGCAAAACGUUUCAAGACUAUGAGUCGUAUUGCGCUUACCGGAUCGCCAUUGAACAAUCAUCUUGAGGAGUACCACACCAUGGUCGAGUGGAUUUCCCCCAACUACCUUGGAGACCUAGCUCAAUUCCGCUCCAAAUAUAUUGAGCCCAUCACGGCUGGCUUGUACGCGGACAGUACAGCCACGGAGCGCCGUACCUGCCUCAGAAAGCUUCACGUGCUGAAAAAGGAUCUUGCUCCGAAGGUCAACCGUGCUGACAUCACGGCGAUUCGCAAAGAUAUGCCCCCCAAGACGGAGUACAUUAUCACGAUCCCGCUGGCUAAGGAGCAACAGCAGGCGUACGACCUGUAUGUCAUGGCUUUGCUGAAGCGUCACGAGAAUAAGGGGCGAGGCACAAGCAGAAGAAAUCUUUUCGCGUGGUUGAACAAAAUGAUCGUGCUGGCGAACCACCCCAGCUGCUUUGUCAGGCUCUAUGAAAAGUACGAGGAUAUGCUUGAAAUUCAGAAGCCCGAGGAAAGUUCAACCGACAACGACGAGCGGCCGGGGGUCCUCAAAGAGCUUGACGAAAAUUAUGACCCUCUGAACGUGGACAAAGUCUCGAACUUUGAUAUCGAAUCUAUGAGAGGUGCCGUUGCGGUCUUUGAUGGCUUCAGGAAGAUGUCGAGCUCCGAGGAUCCCCUUCUGUCGUAUCGAACCCUCAUGGCGAUGAAGAUUCUGCAGAAGGCUCAGUCGAUUGGCGAAAAAACUCUUGUUUUUAGCCAGAGUAUUCCGACACUCGACUAUCUUGAGCGCAUGCUCCAGCAUAUUGAUCCGAACGUAAUGCGAAUCGACGGUGCGACGAAGAUUACGAAGCGCCAAGAGAUGACCAAAGAGUUCAACAAGGCUCACGGCAAAGAUGAAGCGAAGAUCAUUCUGAUCUCGACUAAAGCCGGUGGAUUGGGCCUCAACCUACAAGGAGCCAGCAGGGUCAUCAUAUUUGAUUCCGGCUUCAAUCCCAUGUGGGAAGAGCAGGCUGUUGGUCGGGCGUACCGAUUGGGACAAACUUCGGCCGUGCACGUCUACCGAUUUAAAUGCGGUGGUACUUUCGAAGAGCCCAUCUACAACAAGGCGCUCUUCAAGACACAGCUCUUCCAGCGAGUGGUUGACAAGAAGAACCCCACCAGAGCAGCGGAGAAAGCCGUAAGCGACUAUCUAUUCCCGAGCAAGCCCAUCAAAAGACAAGACUACUCGAAUUGUCUUGGUCGAGAUCCUGGUGUGCUCGACGAGGUUCUGAAAGAGGUUGAUUUCGUCUUCAACCUUGAACUCACGGAAACAUUCCAGAAGGACGAUGGUGAGGAGUUGAACGAGGAGGAGCUCAAGCUAGCAAACAACGAAUACGAAGACGAGCGACUGCGCCGUGAGAACCCUGCCGCCUGGCAAGCAAAGAACAUGCCUGGACUUCCUGGUGGCCUUGCUGGAGCUCCACCAGGAUCUCAGCCUGGUACGGCUGGCACUGCCAAAACACAAGCAGCCGGUGGCGGCAAUAAAGGAGGCUCCGGCCGUCGAUCGCCAUCAGAUACCGUUGCGGCUACGCAUGGCACGCAGUGGGUGGACGGUCAAGUUGCCAACCUUGGGUCAAGUGACCCUGGAGUUGCGCUACAAACAAAGAAGGGACUGAUCCGUCGGUUUGCCCAUGACCCGUACGGCCUGCAGGCUCCAGGGCGUGCCUUCAGAAAACUUCCUGCCCAAGUUUAUCCCGCGAUCAGUGUAUCGGGGUCAGAUUCGGAAGGAGUCAAUAUCGACCAAAUCUCAUCUCCUAAGGAAGAUAGCGGUACGACAGAGGGGUGUAAGCCACAGUGA